AUGCUGGAUCUGGAUCAGGAUUAUGGCUUCGAUGAUACCGAGUCUGAGUUUUCCUUCGACCACGAGGAGCCUUUUGGCUCAGACACCGAAUCAGAAGACUCUCUGAACCAAACUUAUCCAUCUACACAUCCUGUUUUUGGAACUGAUGUGGAGCUCGAGUCCAAUAAUUCGGUGACAUAUUGCCCAUGGACCCUCAACAGUUACGUGGAAAAAGCCUUUAUGAACCGUGCAAUGAACCUUAAUCGCCAGCAACUUCCACGGUGCUCAGUGGACGAUAUACUUAUCAUGCUUCACUUCUACAACUGGGAAUCCGACACCGUGAUAAAUGAGUAUUACGAUAACGGCACGAAGCUCAAAGAGCUUUGCGGGUUAGUCACAGACGCUAACAAUCGAUUGGAGAUUGUAAGCGAAUUCGACUGUCCUAUUUGCUGCGAAAGCUAUUCAAGUACGAAAACCUACUCUCUAUCCUGCGAUCACCAUUACUGUUUAAACUGUUACGGCGCCUAUAUCACAAACUCCCUCUACCAGGGUAAGCUCAUCAGAUGCAUGCAUCCAGAUUGCAACUUGACCAUUCCCCACCGUCAAGUAGAUACAAUAAUAGCCGAGCUGGGCAGCUCGAUACUUCAAACACCUUUCCUCAAUUUGGUGGCACGUUCUUACGUUGACACAAACAAACAAACGAUGAAAUGGUGUCCAGCUCCUGGGUGUGACAGUUUUGUUGAACUCAUUCGAGUUUCUGCUGGUUCCAACAACUGCGAUCUAUUCAAGAUACCCAUUGCGACUUGUAAGAAUAGCCAUGAAUUCUGUUGCGAAUGCUCUUACGAGAACCACCUUCCAUGUACAUGCCAAAUCGUCAAGAUGUGGAUCAAAAAAUGCCACGAUGACUCGGAAACCGUCAAUUGGAUCCAAGCUAAUACCCAGUCCUGUCCCCACUGCAACUCUCUGAUCGAGAAGAAUGGAGGAUGCAAUCAUAUCACCUGCUCCACUUGUCGCUUUGAGUUCUGUUGGAUCUGUUUAGGUCCAUGGAAGGAGCAUGGAACUGAGUACUACCAAUGUAAUCGUUUCGAUCCUGAAGUUACCUCACUGAUAAAGAAGAACCAGACUCAGAAACGCAAGUCCCUCCAACGGUAUCUCCACUAUUAUAGACGAUUCACUGUACACGAGUCUUCGAUGUUGGGAGACAAGAAGACCAUUGCCACAGUUGAUGCGCAGAUGACGGCUUAUAUGAACGAACAAGUCCGUAAGCAAGUUAAGAAUUUAUCUUGGAUAGAUAUUCAAUUCCUUCACGAUGCGAUACGAGUGCUCAUUCAAGGAAGAAAAACCCUCAAGUGGACAUAUUGCUUUGCCUACUAUGCACAACUGUCCAACUACUCGGAGAUCUUCGAGGGAAUGCAAGAUUAUCUCAGUAAAACGGUUGAAGAUCUCUCACGCAUUUUUGAAGAUAUCAACUCAAAGAAAAAUCAUAGCGUGAGCACCACACUUAUAACUAACAAAAAGCAAGAGAUCAUCAACUUGAGCAAUUUGGUACUGAAACGCCAACGCUUGCUUGUUGAGUGUGCCCGGACUGGGUUGGUGCAAGAUAUGCUUCGCUUCGAUACUGAUUGA